AUGACUCUCAACCUUGUUUAUUUUACUUCAUUAUCGAUCCUACAGAUAUUUUAUGUCACCGGAGUUUCAGUUUCAUGGAGUUCCCCGAGCAGAAUAUAUUCAUCAACAAAAAGUCAAUCGGUACCUACAUAUAAUGGCAAUUUACAGCAAGAGUCUACGUCUUCAACAAUACAACCUUUUGGAACAUCAGAAGGUUUGGGAAAAAGUUCAAAUACGAUUUUGUUAAAACAAGUUGGCCAACAAGGAGAUAAUAAGGAUACCAGCAUAUCGGAAAAUAUAAUUACUAACAUUCGACCCUCUGAAAUGAGUUCUGAGUCAUCACUAUCUUCAACAACCAUUCCAAAUUUUGAAAUUCCAGUUAAUUUUAAUGAACCUGGGUUAUCAAAUAUAUAUUACGAAACAAAUAAAAUAAGUGAUACAAAUCGUUUAAAUGAAAUGAAUAAUUUGGAGCGAUUGAGUGGUUCAGAUGAAGGUUAUCAAUUGGGAGCAUUUAGUAGAUUAAGUGGGUCAAUUAGGGAAGAUGGUUUGAAUUUACUAGAUAGCACUGAUGGAUCAAAUGAAAGAAAUGAAAAAAGUUUACGUGAAGAAUAUGGUGGUAAAAUUGGCGAAAAAGAAAAAUAUGGAGUAGAUAGAGUGAACAACUACAGAGGAGGUAAUAAGUUUAGAAAAAAUAAUUUUGUUAGUGGUACUGGUGGUUCUACCAAAUUUAGUUUUGAGGCUGGAAAACGCGCUAAACAGGGGUUUAUUGGGGAAGGUGAAACCAAAGAAUUUGGUGAAUUAAGUAGUGAUGGUGGAGGCAGAAUGUUUAUUGCAAAUGGUGAAGAUAAAAAAGUAGGAAGAGAUAGAGGAGUUAGUGCAUCAGGUGGAUCUAUACAAUUCAGUAGAAAAAAAUAUGGUGGAGCAGGUGGGUCGGGUGAGGAAGAAGAAGGGAAGAGAGGGUUUAGUAGAUCUAAUGGAUCCAUACGGUUUGGCAGAAAGAAUAAAAGUGGAGCAGAUGAAAUGAGUGGGGAAGAACGAGAAGAUAGAGAAUUCAGUACAUCAAAUGCAUCCAUACAAUUGGGAAGAAAAAAUGGUGGUAGAGCAGGGGGAUCGGACGAGGAAGAAGGAGGAGAUAGAGGGCUUAGUAGAUCCAAUGGAUCUAUACGGUUUAGUAGAAAAAAUAAAAACGGAACAGGUAGAAUGGGUGGGGAAGAAAAAGGAGAUAUAGGGGUGGGUAGAUCAAAUGGAUUAAUAAGAUUUGGUAGAAAAAAAAAAAGUAGAGAAGGUGGAUCGGGUGGAGAAAAAGAAGAAGGUAGAGGUUUUAGUGGAUCCAUUGGAUCUAUAAGAUUAGGUAGAAAAAAUGGUGGUAGAGCUGGGGGAUCGGAAUGGGAAGAAGAAGGAGAUAUGGGGGUUGGUAGAUCAAUUGGAUCCAUGAGAUUUGCUAGAGAAGGUGGAUCAGGUGGCGAAGAAGAUAGAGGAUUUAGUGGAUUUGUUGGAUCUAUUAGAUUAGAUAGAAAAACUAUGAGUGGAACAGGUGUAUCUGGUGGAGAAAAUAUAAAAUUUGGUGAAGGACAAAGAACUCAUAGGAGUUCAACAUCUAGUGGCGUUGGUAAAAUGAAUGGAAGUGGUGGAAAGAGAACAUUCGGAGGAUCAGUUGGAAGUAUAACAUUUGAUGACGAAAGUGGAGAUAAAGGACAAAGUAAGUCAAAUAGUAUUAAUAUAAAUAGAACUGUUGGAAAUUAUGGAGGCGUAAAAUCUGAUAGCUAUAUUGAAGGUAAUGGAUUUUCAAGAGAGUAUGGUACAGGUGAGGAAAGUGAUGGGGCAGCAUUUGGUGAAUUCGGACCCGAAAUGGCUGAAAAGCUAAAGUGGGACGAUUAG